AUGCUUUACACAAAUACAGAUGCUGUGUGGUGCAAAGUUUUUCCAACCACGUUGAUUGGGGUUGCAGCCGAUUGGUUCAACAACCUAGAAAAUGGAAUGGUAGAUAGUUUCGAAAAGUUAACUGAGUUGUUUAUAGGGCAGUAUGUUAGCAAUAGUGUGCGGCAGAGAACAUCAGGGGAAUUGAUGGCGGUGGAGCAAAGGGCAGAUGAUUCUUUGAGGGACUAUAUUAGACGGUUUAAUAACGAGGCAAACACAAUUCCAAAGUUGCAGCAAGAAAUAGCAGUAAUGGCUUUAAUGAAUGGUCUGAAUGACUCUGAAUUCAAGCGUUAUCUUACGCGAAAGAAUUUUUCAACACUGGCAGCCGCAUUUAACAAGGCCCAUGAUUAUAUCAAGAGUGAAGAGUUGAUGAAAACAAGUAGCAGGAGCAUGACCGCUGGAAAGGGUCAGCAGCAGUUUGAAGGGUCGGCGUCUGGAAGUGGUAGGCCGAGAGCUCAGACCCCAGGAAGGGGAGGGGGAAAUCGGCAAGAGUUCAGAGUUGCAAAACCGCCAAUAUGGUACAGUAAGUACACACCCUUGAAUACACCAAGAGCGGCGAUUUAUUCAGUUAAUCAGAGUAGAGAGGCGUGGACAAGGCCGAUUCCGAUGAAGGCAAAACCAAGAGAUGCUAAGAAAUACUACAACAUUGAAGAGUUGAAAAGGAAAGGUCACUUGACUCAAUAUCGGUUAAGGGCAGGAGGGACUCAACCACCUCCAAGGCAAGUAGAAAGGCAGCAGUUGGAGGCAAGGCCUGAGAGGUCGCAAGGAGUAAUCCGACAAGGAAGUGGCGGAUUGCCUCCCCUCUCAACUGGAAGGGGAGUAGACGUGAUAACUGGAGGGCCAGUUCAUGGGGGAACUGUCAGUGAAGCCAAGAAACAUUUAUCUGAGCACCGACAUAUUAUCAAUGCCCUAGAUACCAACAAUCGUCCUCGGCCAGCAUCAAUCCCAGAUGUGGUGUUCACGGAAGAAGAUUCUAGGGGUAUCGUAUUUCCACAUGAUGACCCGUUGGUACUCAUUAUAAAGAUUAACGGAGCAGGUGUUAAGAGAGUCCUAGUGGACGGGGGCAGUUUUGCAAAUGUCUUGUUCAUGAAAGCGUUCAACGAAAUGAUGAUUGGAAGGCAAUACCUGACGCAGGUGUCUUACCCAGUUAUCGGGUUUAAUGGGUCGACAGUGAGACCAGAAGGAAGCAUAGGUUUACCCGUGCGAUUGGCUGAUGGACCGACUGCAAGGGAUGUAAUGGCGGAGUUUCUGGUGAUCAAUGUCUCAUCAGCUUAUAAUGCAAUUAUCGGCAGACCGAUAAUACAUGAUGUGCAAGCGGUUGUGUCAACAUACCAUUUGACAAUAGCUUAUGUGUCAAAUUUAGGAGCCGUAGAAAAGGUUCAUGGGGGGCAAGUUAUGGCAAAGUCGUGUUAUUGUAGGGAAUAG